CGUGCCACUCCGCAUAAAUGCGCUGCAAAAGUUUUUCUUUUUUAACAACAUACGCGCCGCAAAUAGAAAAAAACGAGACGAGACGGCACGGUGGAACAUGUGUAAAUAAACGUCCAUUCCAAAGUGCUUGUAGUUUGCAGUGAUUUCGUUCAUCGGUCCGAAGCGGCCCGAAAAUUGGCAAGGAAUUGUACCGCCUCCGCCUGCCUGCCGUUGUAAAGAAAAAUCAGCGCCUGCCGCGUUCCGUCCCCUCCGGCUUCAGUAGGUGAGGAUGACGGAUAUUGUUUAUCCCAAUGGCUGUCGGCCAUUGGUGGAAGAUCUGGGCACAGACGAGCUCAUACGCCGCCUUAAGACUCUCGCCAAUGUCCUGCAGACCAUGGACCAGGAUGACAAUCUCUACCAGCAGUAUAUACCCUUGGCGCUCCACCUGCUGGACGACUUCUUUAUGCAGCAUCCAUCCCGCGAUGUCCAACUGCUGAUAGCGUGCUGCAUAGCGGAUGUAUUGCGCGUAUAUGCCCCUGAGGCCCCCUACAAAGAGCAAGAGCAAAUCAAAAGCAUUUUCAAGUUUUUUAUCAAACAACUGCACGGCCUAAAGGAUCCCCGCGAUCCGUCCUUCAAGCGUUACUUUUAUCUCUUGGAGAACUUGGCCUUUGUCAAGUCUUUCAACAUGUGCUUCGAGCUAGAGGACUGCCAGGAAAUCUUCCAGGAUCUGUUCAGUACCAUUUUUAAGAUUGUGAAUGAUCAGCACAGUGCCAAGGUAACAAACUUUUUCCUGGACGUGCUGAGUCCCCUGAUAACCGAGGCUGACAAUUUGUCCGUGGAACUGCUGGACCUUAUACUGAUCAACAUAGUGGAACCAAGUAAAUCAAGCAACAGAUGUGCAGGCCAGCUGACCGAGCAACUGCUCACCAAGACCGGUGACGCCUUAGAGUCCACAAUCAAAAUGUUCUUUAACCGUGCUUUAGUCAUGGAUAAGCCAAACAACAAACUGUCUAUUACAAACAAGAUCUAUGAUAUCAUCUAUGAGCUUAAUCGCAUCAAUCCCGAUCUUCUGUACUCCGUGCUGCCCCAAUUGGAGAACAAGCUACUGUCCACUGAUGAUGCAGAAAGGCUGAAAGCCACCACUUUGCUGUCGCGCAUGUUCUCCGAGAAGGACUCGCAGCUGUCGCAGAAAUAUCCAAACCUGUUACGCACCUUCUUGGGCCGCUUCUGCGAUAUCUCGGAGGCAGUGCGUGUCAAGUGCGUGCAAUCGUCCAUGCAUUUUCUUCUCAAUCAUCCACACCUGGAACCUGAUAUAACUGAAAAGCUGCGCCUGCGUAAUCACGAUUUGGACGAAAAUGUGCGCCACGAAGUGGUCAUGGCCAUUGUGGCGACGGCCAAGCGGGAGUUCAACGUAGUGCUGGAGGCGCCCGAUCUGCUCGAGAUUGUGCGCGAGCGGACGCUGGACAAGAAGUACAAGAUUCGACGGGACGCCAUGAAUGGCCUGGCCUACAUCUACAAGCGGGCCAUCUGCGAACCAAAUGACUUGAGUGCUGAGCUCAAGCAGAGAGUUGACUGGGUGAAGAAUAAGGUCCUGCACGGCUACUACAAGGUGGGUCUGGAGGAUCGCCUGCUGGUGGAACGUUUGCUCAUCACCUCGCUGGUGCCGUACAAACUGGCGCCCGAGGAUCGUAUGAAGAAGCUGUACCAUCUGCUGGGCGAUCUGGAUGCGAAUGCCACCAAGGCCUUCGUUGAACUGCAAAAGAAUCAAAUGAAGACACGCAACACGGUUAGCGAUUGGAUAAAACUGCAUCACUCCAAGGAGUUUACUCCACGUGUGAUCAGUCAGCUGGCUCUUAAACAGGCCACCAUUGCCAAAUUGCUUCCUGAUCCCUUGAAGGCUGCCGAAUAUCUUACACAAUUCAGCAACCAUCUACGCAAGGAUGCCCAGCUGCUGCGCUGCAUCAACAUUGUCCUGAAGCGGGAUGUCAGCUGUCGUGAGUGUGCCGACACCAUGGGCACUCUCCUCAAAAAGCUGGGCGCCCACAUCCAAUCAAAUCUGUACUACAAUACGGUCAAGAUGCUGAUUGAGCGCGUGGCCUCCGUGAUGGUGGAUAAGGAGUCCAUUGGUGUGCUGAUAGGCCUGAUCGAUCAAUGCAUUCAAGGUGGUUCUAUAUGCGAAGAGAUUGGCAUAUCGCCCGAAGAGGCUGGCGAGCGCGGACUUAAGCUUCUAAGUAUGCUCUCCUAUGUCUUCUCGGCGCACUUUUUCACCGAUACCUCGUUGCGUCAUUUGAUCGCCUUGCUCAGCUAUGAGCAUGAUUAUGUGGCGCCACUGGUGCUGAAGACCCUGACGCAUUUGGGACGCUAUCAACCUCUGAUUGACGCCACACCGGCGAUUCUCAAUGAAUUGGCUCCAAUCUGCCGAGACUUUGCCUUAAUUGGAACACCCAAGCAGGCCAAGCAUGCGGUACGCUGUAUUUUCGUCAACAGUCAGUCGUCGGCGCCCACCGACGGAGCUGGGGGUGGAGGCAGUGCAUCGACCACAACACAGACGGUGCAUCCCAUUUUCAACGAGAUCAUUGAGGCGUUGCGUCUGAAACUGACACCAAAUUGUGAGCAUCAGCGCACGAAAAUAGUGGCCCUGGGCCACAUUGCCUACAACAUGCCUCAGGCAUUCCUCACACCCAUCAAGAACAUGAUUGCCCGCCGCAUUGUCAAGGAGCUGCUCAUUCAGGAGGUGCCAGUGCAGCGGGACUACGAUCUGCCCGAGGAUAAUGAUUGGUGUACCGAAGAAGAUCUCCCACCAGACACGCUGUGCAAGCUGGAUGCCCUCAAGGCCAUGGCCCGUUGGCUGCUCGGCCUACGCACGGAUGAGCACGCUGCCCAAAAGACAUUCCGCAUGUUGGCCGCCUUUGUCAAUCAGCGUGGCGAUCUCCUGGCCCAGAACCGUCUGUGUGGAGCUGAGAAGUCCUGGCUACGUCUGGGUGCUGCUUGUGCGAUGCUCAAGGUUUGUGAACAGAAGGGCGUCGGCGAUCAGUACAGUGCCGAGCAGUAUUUGCAGCUCUCUCAACUUAUGACUGAUCCGGUGCCACAGGUGCGGGAAAUCUUUGCACGCAAGCUGCACAAAGGCCUGGGCAGGAGCCUGCCAAGGAAUUGCCUACCCUUGGACUUUAUGGGCUUGUACGUGCUUGCUGGCCUGGAAACUGACAGAAAAUUGCAAGACCUGGUGCGUCAUUAUGUGGACACGGAUGUGAACAAACGUCGGGAAUAUCUCAAGACUGUUGCCAUGACCUCUCCCGACAGCUCAACGGAAUCACAAUCGCUGCACAUUCUACCUGACUACAUGCUGGCUUUUGCCAUUCCCGUGCUGGUCCACGAUCCUAGCUAUACGAAUCACGAGGACUAUGUUCAACUGCGCAAAAUGGAGAAAUGUCUGCGUUUUAUACUGGAACCGCUGAUGGCCAAGCGUGAAUCGUUUGUCUAUGGUUUCUACAAGCAACUGCUCCAGCUGAUAAAGCAUCGCGAGUUCAGUCAAGGCUCAGACAAGCGCGAUAACUAUAAAAUGUGGGCACUCUGCGAUCUCGCCAUGUACAUAAUCGACUCGAAGAUGGGUCACAUCAGUGAAAGCAACUCGAACACAUUCUCCAUGCCACUGGCGCUGCCAGAAAUGUAUUAUAAGCAGCCUGCCGCUGCAAACUUCCAGAACAACGAGGUCUAUAUACCGCUGGACGUGUAUACGUUGGGCGCCAAAGUGAAUAAAGCCACCACGACAGCAAUGGCAACGUCUCGAGCGGUUGCUGCACCGAAAAGGCCAGCGGAGCCGUCCCUCUCAGACGAUGAGGAUCCACAGGAGAACAAUCUUUUUGAUAACAUCCGAGCAGCAGACACAACGGAGCCUACGGCCAAGCGAACGCGCGGAGGAGCCGGCGCAGCCAAAUCGUAGAGAACGGAGAAAAGAACAAGCGCGUACUUGUUAGUUUAGUUACUGUUAGACUAGGCGCCUAAGUUAACUAAAUAUGUAAGACUAAACGUAACGUAGGAUGGGAACUACGAUAGUUGUUAAACCGACACUACCUACAAACACAACACCAACCAAGAACACACGCACUCAAACCAAACCCCAAAACAUACUGAGAAUGGACUCUCCCUCCCCUCACCACACCUCUCCUCUCCGCCCUCAUAUAUGAUUAUGUUUCGAACCCGCUCCGCUGCUGUAAAAUAUUAUCAAGUUGUGGACGAGACCAGACCAGACCAAUGCAAAACCCAAAAUUUUACAAUUAUGUGUCGUCUAUUCUGUUAACGUUAUCUAUAACUGUUUAUGCUAUUUAAUUAUUUAACAUUUUAAAACUGUUCCGUGUUUUGUAUUGCAAAUCAUUUUGGUUUCAUUUAACCUUUAGUCGUAGGCCCCCUAUCGAAUAAAAGACGAAGAGUGAAGAUUGAAAAUUAGAGUAGAGUGCGAAAGUAAAGUAAUGAAAACGUAAAAAAGAGCCUUAUUAAGAAAUUAAAAUUAACUUUUCUAUGAUCGCAGUUAAAAUUUAGUUAUAAACACAUACAGUUUCAUAACUUUAUCAGGCGAGAAUGCAUUAAAAAUGCAUAAAACAAUAAAUAAGACGAAUAUGUUGUAAGGAUAUUGAAAGCAUAACAAAGAUACGAAACAAAUCAUUUAACUUAAAGAAUGUAAAUUUAUCUAUUAACUGUUUUUCAAAGAAAUUAAACAUACGAAU